AAUGUAGAAAUUUUAACUGCCAUUUUUUGCUUAACGGCGUCCCAUUCGUUGUUGGACUGUCAAAGUGUUUAGUUGGAUUUUUGCGUAAAAUCUUCAAGACAAGGUAUCCAAUUUGUGCCAAGUCAGCAGCAGUGAAAUUUAUCUAUAGCGUUUAGUGAGUGGAUAAACGGGUUUAAAUUUGAUUUGAUUGCAAGUUAGAAGACAAAAUGUGUGACGAAGAAGUUGCUGCCUUGGUUGUUGACAAUGGUUCCGGUAUGUGCAAGGCCGGUUUCGCUGGUGAUGAUGCACCCCGCGCUGUCUUCCCCUCAAUUGUGGGUCGCCCACGUCAUCAGGGUGUGAUGGUUGGUAUGGGCCAAAAGGACUCGUACGUCGGUGAUGAAGCACAGAGCAAACGUGGUAUCUUAACCCUAAAAUACCCCAUCGAGCACGGUAUUGUGACCAAUUGGGAUGAUAUGGAGAAAAUCUGGCAUCACACCUUCUACAAUGAACUGCGUGUCGCCCCCGAGGAGCACCCAGUUCUGCUGACUGAAGCCCCCUUGAACCCAAAGGCUAACCGUGAGAAGAUGACACAGAUCAUGUUCGAAACCUUCAACACACCCGCCAUGUAUGUGGCCAUCCAGGCUGUUCUGUCGCUGUACGCCUCUGGUCGUACCACUGGUAUCGUGCUGGAUUCCGGUGACGGUGUCUCCCACACUGUGCCCAUCUAUGAAGGUUAUGCCCUGCCACACGCCAUCCUUCGUUUGGACUUGGCUGGUCGCGAUUUAACCGACUACCUUAUGAAGAUCUUGACUGAACGUGGUUACUCAUUCACCACCACUGCCGAACGUGAAAUUGUUCGUGAUAUUAAGGAGAAAUUGUGCUACGUCGCACUCGACUUCGAACAAGAGAUGGCCACAGCUGCAUCCAGCUCAUCAUUGGAGAAAUCCUAUGAAUUGCCUGAUGGUCAAGUGAUCACCAUCGGUAAUGAACGUUUCCGCUGCCCAGAAGCCCUCUUCCAGCCAUCAUUCUUGGGUAUGGAAGCCUCUGGCAUCCACGAAACCACAUACAACUCGAUCAUGAAGUGCGAUGUGGAUAUCCGUAAAGACUUGUAUGCCAACACUGUGCUGUCUGGUGGUACCACUAUGUAUCCAGGUAUUGCUGACCGUAUGCAGAAGGAAAUCACCGCUUUGGCCCCAUCAACAAUGAAGAUCAAGAUCAUUGCGCCACCAGAACGCAAAUACUCUGUAUGGAUCGGUGGUUCUAUCCUUGCUUCUCUGUCUACCUUCCAACAGAUGUGGAUCUCGAAACAGGAAUACGACGAAUCCGGCCCAUCAAUUGUGCACAGGAAGUGCUUCUAAACUGGUUAAUGGUAUUCACAAAACUAUAACCAAACAAAAUUUUAGAACUUUAAAAGAUUUUUUUUUUAAGUUUUCAUUCAAAUGUAUUAUUUUUUAAUUAUUUAAAAUGUUACAAAAACUUGAGAGAAAAGAAUAAGAUUGGCAAACUCUUCUUGUCGUGCAUUCGUCUAUGUACGAGUGGGACAUGAGGAGAAUACUACAACCAAAAAGCUAAAAAAUGUCGAUUUUUUCUUUAUUUGGAAACUUUCAAAAUUCGCAAAUUUAAAAAAUAAAAAAGUAGUUCCGUAUGGAGUUAAAUUCAUCUUCAUUAACACGUAUAAAGAAAAUUUCACAAAAUGUUUUCAUUAUAUACAUAGUAUAAUCACAUGCACCAUCAGCAAAAAAAAAAACAUUUUGUGUUCUAAUUCAUAAAGACCAAGUUUGUGCUCGAGUGGGUGUUCAGGAUUGAUUUAUCAUCGUCCUUUGCAUCUAUAUGGCAAAACUUUCCAUUUUUGUACUUGCAAGAAAUGUAAUGUUAACUUCAAUGUUUAUUUUUUAUUUAUUUUUGUUUUUAAUUACAUGCGUAUUGAUUUUCUUACGCUAAAAUGUUAAUUAAACAAAAAAAUUACUAAAGACUUGAACAACAAAAAUAUUAAUAAAAAAAAAAAAAAUUUUCUUAAACAAGUAAGACUUUGCCAUCUGGCCCACUUUUCAUUAUUACGAUGGUAAGGUACAAUUGGAGGAACAUUCAUUGUCAAGAAUCAUUUCCAUGGAUUUAUAAGAGAAUUACACUUGCAAAGGCAUACCAUCAUGUUAUGAUCAAUGAUCAAUUUCAACUUUAUAAAGGUUGGUGGUGGCAAGAGGCGUAGGUUGGGAAGUACUUAUGGGGAAAGAUGAAUUGGCAAAGGGUGGAUAUAAAGUAUUUAAUUGCUACCACAAAAUCAGGAAAUGAAAAUAAUUGUAAUAAAUUUGUCAUCAAGAAAUAAAACCAAGAUAUAAAUAAAUGA